CAUGCUGACUCCACCUCACUUGCUUCUCACCUCACUGAUAGGAAGGACCAGCUGUAAUAUAGAAUGUCUUUCUUUUUGGUGACUGUCAACAUACUUCUUCUUCAUGGUGCAGGGUCUACAGAAGAGCUGCAGGCCUAUCCAUUCACUGAUGUUACCCUUUCCUGCCAUUUCUCUUUUGUGAAGGGCACGGAAAAUCUUGAGUUUUCUUGGGAAAGAGAAGACAUCGAAGAAGUAUAUGAGGUAGAGGAUAAGGAAUAUUACCGCUUUUUCAGGUACUAUGAUUUUUUUGAAGUUUUCUCAAAGUUGGUUUACCAGUUUUACAAUAAUACAGAGCAACUAGAAGAUCAAAACUCUUUGUAUGAGGGAAGAGUCUCUGUGGAACAGGCUGAAAUUUCUGAGGGGAAUCUAUCCCUUUUACUAAGAAAUGUGGAUUUCAUGGAUGAAGCUAUCUACAAGUGCUCAGCCAUCACACCAGACGGAAGAGGUGAAAGGACAAUUAAGUUAAUAGUAGAAGCAGACUCUGAAAUGCCCCAGGUGCUGUUUGAGAAGAUUGAGGAUCAGGAUGUGGCCACGUGCAUCUCCAAGGGCUGGUACCUCUCACCUAACGUGACCUGGCUGGACAGGGCAGAGAGGGAUCUGAGCAACCACAGCACUGUGGAGGUCCUAGAGGAACAGAUGGAUGGUUUCUACCGAGUGUUCUCCAUCCUGAAAUACCCUGUCAGGUUACAUGAGAAGUAUGUCUGCCGUAUUACGGAGACAGAUGUGAACAACCAGCCCUUCAGAAUCAUCCGCAAGUACCCAAAAAGAAAGUAUCCCCAGGCUUAUGACUACUAUUAAGAGAUUUGAAUGACAUCCUCCCAAGAACUUUGCUGUCUUGUUUUAGCCACUGGUGUUCCUGUUUUCUCUAGUGGAUGAUAUUCUUUCUGUCCUAGAUACUUACCUAUCAUAAACAGAAGGAAGUAAGGAGGUAACAGGUUCAGUAGGUUGAAUGUUGACUAAAACUGCAGGAGCUCCAAUAUUUUGCUUUUUUUAGGUCUGUA